UUUCCACUAUUGUUGUUCCGGCUUCGGGGGAUAAACGUUAGAUCGAGUAGUCUCUCGAGUCGCGGGCCACGAGUCGACGUCGUUCUAGGGUACGCUGCGCAGGUUUCCCAUUCGAAUUACUCUUUCUCGGCUCUGAUCGACACUAGGGUUGCCCACUUCGCCAUGGCGAAAAAGGAUCGGCGACCUUCGCAAACGGCCAAACCGCAGAAGAAGGUUAAGUCGCCAGCGGAGAUCACGGCGGAUAAGCUCCGAUAUCACAGAGAGCUCGACUCGCGAUGGGCCAUCGUUCGCGAAAACCGGGUCGAGUACUUCCGCGGUAAGGACUUCGCGGACCUCCUUCGCAAGCACCCCGAGCUCGCGGCGCCCUUGAUCUCCCCAGAGGACGCAGCUGGCCUGCGCCGGCCGGUGGAGGAGGCGGUGUUUCACAGGCUCGUGGAGGCCCAGCUCGUGGUGCGCUGCGAUCGGGUAGUUAAGACUCUGCGACCGGGGAGGAAGAAACUCUCCAAGUGGCCGGCCCGGCUCGAUUUCCACCAGGAUCAAGCAUUCACUGUGGACGAUGGCUUCUACGCGUGGAUGUAUGAGCGCCAGCAGCCCGUGUGGCAGACCAUCCUCUCGUUCAUGCUGCCGGUCUUCACAGUGGCGUGCUGCCUCUUCCCCGUCUUCCCCCACUGGUGCAAGCUCACUGUGCUCUACUUUCUCCUCGGCUUGAUCGCCCUGAUCUUCCUCCUCCUCUUUGUGCGGGUGGCCAUAUUUGGAGUCAUCUGGCUGGCUCUGGGCAAGCGCGUGUGGUUCUUCCCCAGCAUCCUCGCGGAGGAGGGCUCGCUGGCGGAGCUCUUCCGCUUCUGGCCAGAUAAGGACGACAAGCCGCCCGCUAAGAUCACGACCCGGCUGGCUGUGGCUGUGAUGCUGGCAUUCACGUUCUGGCUCAUGGUGACCUACGCCCCCGACCAAGAGCAGCGCGCAAAGUACCAGAAGAAAGUGUCCAACAUUAUUGACGACGUUUUACAAUGGAAACCGCAGAUGCUUACAGGGAAGACAACGCCGGCUGCCCCUGCUAAUGCUACAUCAGCCAAUCAGACGUCCGCAAAUGCCACUGCUGACAACUCCACAAGCUCCGACGCUACUGCAGAAACGGUGGAGGCUAAGGCAUCUAGCAGCGGUGGUAGCGAUGCCUCUGGUGGCAGCAGCACUAACACAGAGAGCAAGGAUGUAUUCGAGGAGCAGUUGUCGGGAGGUACCCAAAAGAAGACGGGAAUGGAAGCAGGUGCUUGACUAGAGUAUGGUAAUGAUUCCCUAAAAAUCAGCAGGUGUCUGCAUUAGUUAUUGGAGUUAUUGUUAUUGUGCAGAUCAGAUGUAUGCUGUAUUGUAAGGUUUCAAUUCAUAAGUCAGGCAGGCAGCCAGCCACAGACCACCACCACCUCCACCAUCAUCUCUUGCUCCACCUCCGCACUCCGCGUCUUCGCCGCUUCCCGUACGGUAACCUCCCCGCCACGCGCUUUCUGGUGUCUCAGAAACAAUGGCUGACGACGAGCCUGUGGAUCCGAAGCUCGAGAUUGAGGAGGGCUGCCGGCCGAAGUGCGUAAAGCAGCUGCUCGCGUAUGAGGCUUGUGUGAAGAGGAUCGAGGGCGACGAGACUGGGGAGAAGCAUUGCACUGGCCAGUACUUCGACUACUGGGCGUGCAUCGAUAAAUGCGCGGCUCCUAAAAUCUUCGCCCAGCUAAAAUGAUGGCUUACCGUACAUUCACUCACCUACCGUAUGGUAAAGCUGGCUGAUGUGAUGUGCACCCGCUGUUGCUGAAGGCAUUUUCUGGCCAUGAAAUGCACUGUACCACUACUUGACAUUCUUUCAAAUAUAUGCAGUGCAGUGGUGGCUCAGGUAGCGCUUGAGGCAUUGGCAUUUCCCUUUCUCUGGUCGAAGUACUGGUAACUGGAAGGAUCUGCACAAAUAUCGUUUGUCCAAUCAAAAUCAGAGGGGGGAGAGAGAGAACCUGAAGGAAAGUCCACCUGAUGGAAAGUACAUCAAAGGCCGCUGCAGUGUGUAUGACUUAGGAAUGCAGUUUUGGUUCUU